AAAGGUUCUCGAGAAUAUUAGCAACGACAUGAAAAGAGAUGGAACAAUUGGGAUCGGGCUAAGUAAAGGAAGAGAGAAAGAGAGAUAGAAAAUCUUUGAUUUCCGCUGUCGGAAGGUUCAUGGAGAGUUCGAAGUCUUACUCGAGAAAACGAGAAGGGAGAGGAUACAAGAAGCUAUUCUUAAAAUAGGGCUCGAGUCGGCAGGGUGCAGAAGAGAAGAGAAGAGAAGAAAAGAGAAGAGAAGAGAAGAGAAGAGAAGAGAAGAGAAGAGAAGAGAAGAGAAGAGAAGAGAAGAGAAGAGAAGAGAAGAGAAGAGAAGAGAAGAGAAGAAAAGAGAAGAGUAAAGAAAAGAAGAGAAGAGAAGAGAGAGAAGAGGAAAGAAGACGACGUGCUUCGCGGGUCGCCGGUUCUUCGGGGUCCGAGCUUCGUCCGAAACGAAGCGCCUUCGUAGCGGCGCUCUUCUUCAUUCUCAUCGGAGCCUCAUUUACGAACCGUUCGAACUUGGAUCGGUUCGUCUUACGUAGUGUCGAGGCUCCGACAAUUUCUAAUCCUUUCUUCCUUUCAUCUAUCUCUUCUCAUUCUCCUUAUUAUCUUCUUUUUCUCGAAUCUUUUCUCGACAAAUGUUUUUCGAAUUUACGAAAGCUUAAGAAAGUUCGCGCCGGUGAUAGUAUAUUAUUCGGUGGUGGUGAUAGUUAUUUUGGUGGUGGUGUACACGAGGGUAGUGUCAGUGAUGUUCCAUUGAUGGUGGUAGUGAUAGUAAUAGUGUUUCAUGCAUGUAAUACUACUGAUGCUGGUUGUACGUUGCACAACGAAUACAAACCUACUUUGAAGAAAAUUUAUCUCGUUUUCUACCGAUCUUUUGAAAUUCGUUCAUUUUGAAGAAGGAUCAUGGCGUCUUAUAGGAACUAUGGUGACACUAGCGCUUACAGGAGUAAUAGAAGUGGACUUGGCGUUGGUACGGGUACAUUUACUAGAAAUGCAUCGAGCGGAAGCACUUUAGCAACUUGCAGGACGACCUACACUGGUAUUGCUUCCAAUUCUAUUCGAGAUAGUACAAAAGAUGGAACAGUUUCUGGAUAUGGAAGUUCUUUCUUGAAGAAGGACAGAGGCGAGAAGAAAGGCACAUUGAAAUAUUCGUGUAGCAAAGAGAUAGAAAAGAAUAGAUUACAUUCGGAAAAAGUAGAAGAUGUUAGAUCAAAGAGUCCCUUAUCCGAUAGUAGAUCAUUACUCUUCGAAAAGUACUCCUAUUCAAGCAGUAAGAACGUCGAAAGGCCAUGUUCCGUCUUGGAUAGAUACAAUCGUAGAUCUUCCCGUGAAAAGAGCAAAGAAUCGGAAGGAAUAUCGCGGUACAAUUCCAGUACAUAUCCUGGCACGGGAUUAAGUAGGAACUAUAGCAAUAGCAGUACGGAAGGAAGAGGCGAUAGGAAGGAGAGAAGCGAGCAUCCACCCGUUUCCUACAGGACUCUACGGACGAAUUCAGGAAGAACGUCUCGAGAAACGAGUCCAGACGUUAGCGUUGGAAAAGGAAAUUCUUUCCGAGUUUAUUCGAGACCACCAUCGUCUUAUUCUCGUGCUGGAUCCAGCGGGAGUACAUCGACGGAAUACAGUUCGACUCCGAUUUCUUCGAAAUUCAGUUUGACGACGAGUUCUCGAUUUUCGUUACCUUCUAGAAGCAACGAACGAAUACCGACAGCCAUUAGCUACUCUGGAUCGGACAGGUAUCGAACUUCCAGUAGCAAUAACAAAGAAUUUUCUACUUCGGCGAAGGCAAAAGUUGAAGGGUGUUCGAAAGGAGAUGUCAAAUCCGAGGAGGAUUUGCAGGAUGAAACGUGUAGAAAUUGGAAAGAUUGUGAGACUGAGAACAGACUUGAAGAGUUGGAAAGUUGCGUUGCGAUGAUAAGUAGGGGUACUUCACCAACGCCACCUUCUUCGUCGAGUUUCAUAAGAAACAGGAGAGCAGAUAUGGGAACGAUCGUGCAAAAGGAAAGGACAAGAUGUCGAAGGAAGAUUGAAAAAAAGAAUCAAGAGAUUCAAUGCGAUCGUAGCGAGGAAGCACCGAGAUUUUCAAGGUUUGGUGGAAGUGCUAGAGUUUCAGGAGCUGGUUGGUCAUCUUAUCUAGAUAAAUUUUCAUCGACGUCUUCGACGUCGUCUGGAAAUUCCACGGUUUACUCUUCGAGAAAUUUCAACACGGCGACUGCCAGCAGCGGUGCUUCGGGAAACUGCACGAGAAUCGGCGGCUUCGCAUUUUCGAGAGCUAACGAGAAUUCCACGACUUCCCGAAACGAUCAAGCUCCCAAAGUAUCUUCGACGUGUAAUCAAGAACUUGAUAAUAAUCACCAUAAUAGAGAACAGAAUAGAGAGGCCGUUACGAAGCACGAUAUUCUCGCUUUCUCGAGAAACAACAAUGAAACUUCUUUACAAGCUGCUAACCUCGAAACCGUCUCGAGAGUAUCGCCAAGCUUCAACGAAGAAGUCGACAUGAUCAUUAGAGAUCAAAAGGAUGAAAACAAGUGUAUCGACAGAGAUCAAAUUGGCGAGAGGAAGGACGAGACGAAGGCCGACCGUCUGCCAAGUCCAAGAACAGCGUUCCAUUCCAUCGAUGUUCCUGAUAAUCCUCGACUCAAGCGUUCUCCUGAUUAUUCGAAAAAUAGUAGAGCUAGUAGCACGUCUAAGAGCGAGGAGAUGGAAGAAAAAAGUCCAUCUUUGCAACGGUUAAACGGAGCCUUUCACAAAAGCGAUAGAAAACUUUCGAGGACAUCUUCGAAGACGGAAUGUUCGAAACCCAUCCAAGCUGUUCCACGAGAAAGAAGAGAUUCUACUGCUAAAUCAGAGAACAGUCUAUCCUUGAGAAAUGCGGAUUCUUCGAAGCUGUUCGAUGCUUAUCCUCAAGAACAGAAGCAUGAGACCCCGCCGUCUAAAAAGGAAUCUCUUUCAAGGUACUUAUUGACUUGAAAGAAAAGUCAAACUUUGUUUUUUCAUUUUUAGAUAUUUUCAUCCCUUAAAGUCUAUGUGUUUUUU